CAACCUAACAUCCUACCGGUUAGCCUCGUUUUGUUUUCGUUCGUUACGAGGCGAUAACGAAAGCAUCAAAAGUACUUCGGUUGUAUGCCACGGUGAAGCAAUGUCGUUCUCGAGUAUGUACAAACAUGCGCUCGUACGCUAUCCCGUUUUGGUGCAGUCGGUGCAAUCGGGGCUGCUGAUGGGUGCAGGUGAUGUGAUUGCGCAAGGAUUUAUCGAACGCAAGGAUUGGAAAUCCUUCGACGGUAUGCGCGCGUUCAAGUUUUUUGGCAUAGGAUUUUGCGUCGGAGGACCAGGGCUGCGAAAAUGGUACGGUGUGCUCGAUCGUCAUAUCGGAAGCGCAGGAGGUAGCAAAGCUGUCACAACACUGAAAAAAGUCGCCUUAGAUCAAUUGAUCUUUGCUCCCGUGUUCCUGGGCACGUUGAUCGGUACGAUCGGAUUGCUUCAGGGGCAUAACACGAACGAGAUCAAACGCAAGCUGCGGCACGAGUACGGCGAUAUCCUGAUGACAAACUACUACAUAUGGCCGUGGGUUCAGCUGGCGAACUUCUAUCUGGUUCCAUUAAACUACCAGGUGCUGUUGGUGCAAUCGGUGGCCGUUUUCUGGAACACGUACCUGUCGUGGAAAACAAAUCAGCACGAAGGUACCCCUGGGAAGAUGGGAACUUUAAAACCAGUGGCUCAUGAGCAUCUUGCCACAGGAGAGGAAUCCGUGGCCUCGUAGAAUCGUACGUCUUAGAGCGGUUCGUACAACAUCCAAACCGCUACAACUUGUGAUACGAUAGGGUACGUACCGUAUGUAGCCAUUCAAUAUACAUAAGAAACAUCAAACUAACAUACCCUGUUGGUGAUGGGCGGGAGAAAAAGAUAAUUUUUUAAAGAGAAUUAUCCUAAUCAAGUUUAGAUUGUUGUUUAAAGUGACAAAAGACACCACUCGUUUGGAUGCUAUGUUUAGUUUUGUUGUUAACCGUAAAAAAGAUACUGUAGAAUGCCAUACAUUUUUUGGAAAAUAUUCGUAAUUGAAAACUCGUAAAAGAAUGCAUAACAUAAUAGAAAGCUGGCAGGCUUUAGCAGAAUACACCAUGAGGGGUGUAGAAAGUGAAUUUGAUUAUGCACCAAAACUAAUCGAUAUACCACACUAAAGGUAUGCUGAUCCAACUAGUCUAAAAUCCUAUUCUACGAGUUUUUAUCAAGAGCACCUUCUAAAUUGUUUCAAACUGUAUCUAUAAACUCGUAAUGUUGUUACACUACCCUUUGAAGAUGGUAGAUUAUAAAUCUUACCGUUUGUUUACAUGACUUCACAGCAAGGAUAUAGUUAGUAUAAAUCAUUUAAAUAAUAAUGUCCUUAGAGUUCCUAGAGGAAAGCAAACUAGAGCGUGAAUGGUAGUGCAUAGUUAAGUGAAUACGCUUUGGUUUAAAAUGAAC